UCCUAAACCUCCUGGCCUUUUUGUAUCUCAUGGACUUCGCUACGGCUAAAAAUCUAUGCAAGACAGAAGUCAGCGUACCUGGUAUGGCUCUCGAAGGAUAUAUCUUUCAGAAGAUCCCAGUACCAGCUCCUCAUGUGUGCGAUAUCAUCUGCGAGAGAGAGACGAUAUGUCAAAGCUACAAUUAUGUAGUUGGGGAAAAGUCUUGUGAAUUGAAUACCCGAACCAAGGAAGCAAGGCCCGAGAAUUUCCAGCCAGAUGAUUUACGCUUUUACAUGGGACGCGUUCGUGGUAGAACCCCCUUAGGGUCUAUUCCCGAAUUACCAGCGUUAUCGUGCCAAGAGAUAAAUUUAAGUGAAGGUAAAGACAGCAUCAGUAAAAAGUACUGGUUGGAUCCAGAUAAUGUCGGGAUUUCAAAGUUGGUUUAUUGUGACAUGAGCUUGGGAGAUAUAGAUGAAUGCAAAGGCAGCAAUACUGUGUGUGACGUAAAUGCGAAUUGUACCAACACUGAAGGUUCUCACAACUGCACCUGUAAUGAAGGAUACAUUGGCGAUGGUAAAUCAUGCCAAGUCGAGGAGUGCCAAAGUUACUCAAGUCUGACCAGUGCCGACCGUAAAUCCACAAUCCCUAAAGCCGGGUCUGCUUUGUGCGAUAACUCACUCCCCCAUGGCUGGUAUCGUUUCCAAGGAGCUGCAGGAACAAAAAUGCCAACCACUUGUCCACCAACUCAUAGGUGUACAGCUGAUAUCUCAAGCUGGUUAAAUGGAGUUCAUCCCACAGUGGCUGAGGGUCAAGUUAACAGGCAGGUCUGCUUUCACUGGUCUUCAAACUGUUGUAGAUGGUCCACCUACAUCCAAGUGAGAAACUGUGGCUCUUAUUACGUAUAUUACUUCUCUGGAGUACCAACAUGUAAUACCCGUUACUGUAGUACGGAAUAGCUGUAGUGUAUUGGGACAGCGGUAAUUCGCAAAUAUCCGGGAACUUAAAGGUGUGUGCAAG